GCCAGCCACGGGGGCAGGAGGAGUGGAAUAGAGGAGGGGCAAUUGGAAUGGGAUUACAAAAACAGCCUGCAGCCUGAGAGAGCGGCUGUCCUCCCUCACUGCAGCUUGCCUCCACCAGCAGGCUCCAGGCAGGAAGGCCAGGAAGGUUCCUUCUCUUCUCUCCUCCCAGGUCCAGCGACAAAGCUAGCGCGUAGCGCCACCAUGCGGCAGAAGGCGAUAUCGCUCUUCUUGUGCUACCUGCUGCUCUACACUUGCGGCGUGGUGGACGCAGGCAGAAGAAAAGACUCCAACGAGGACAGCGACUCUGGAAUCUUGGGUGCCCUGACCUACGUGGCUGUCGGAGGAGGGCUCCUGGCCAUGGCGCUGCCUGCUCUGGGCUUUACUGUCACCGGCAUCGCUGGCAACUCAUUGGCCGCCUCACUGAUGAGCUGGUCCGCCGUGGCGAACGGGGGUGGCGUGCCCGCUGGAGGGUUGGUAGCCACGCUGCAGAGUUUGGGGGCUAGUGGUGGCAGUACCCUCAUGGCCCAGAUUGGUGGGUUUCUAGGCUACACCAUCUACAAGCAUCAAGAAAACAAGAGGGUGAAGGAGGAGGACUAGGAGUCAGAAGCUCCCAAGACACUCACCCCCUGCCCCACUUCUUCUAAUUGAAGUCCAGAAGUUUCUCUGUUACACUUUUGAAUGAGUUAAAUGAAAAAGAAAAUAAACUUCUCUCA